CCAGCCUGCUUUCCUCUGGCCCAACGCCUGCGAGGUGCGCCCCAGCUAUGCAGUGUCCAGGGAGACGGCGGGCAUGACGGCGACAGGAUGGGCGCGAACAAUGGCAAACAGUACGGCAGUGAGGGCAAAGGCAGCUCAAGCAUCUCAUCCGACGUGAGUUCAAGUACAGAUCACACGCCAACCAAAGCCCAGAAGAAUGUGGCCACCAGUGAAGACUCGGACUUGAGCAUGCGCACACUGAGCACGCCCAGCCCAGCCUUGAUAUGUCCACCUGCUUUGCCAGGAUUUCAGAAUGGAAGGGGCUCAUCCACUUCUUCAUCCUCCAUCACCGGGGAGACCGUGGCCAUGGUCCACUCCCCGCCCCCGACCCGCCUCACUCACCCACUCAUCCGGCUUGCCUCCAGACCCCAGAAAGAGCAAGCCAGCAUAGACCGACUCCCGGACCAUUCCAUGGUGCAGAUCUUCUCCUUCCUGCCCACCAACCAGCUGUGCCGCUGUGCACGUGUGUGCCGCCGCUGGUACAACCUGGCCUGGGACCCGCGUCUUUGGAGGACUAUCCGCCUAACGGGUGAGACCAUCAACGUGGACCGUGCUCUGAAGGUGCUGACCCGCAGGCUCUGCCAGGACACCCCCAACGUGUGUCUCAUGCUGGAAACUGUCAUUGUCAGUGGCUGCCGGCGGCUCACAGACAGAGGGCUUUACACCAUUGCACAGUGCUGCCCAGAACUGAGGCGCUUGGAGGUCUCAGGUUGUUAUAAUAUCUCCAAUGAGGCUGUCUUCGAUGUGGUGUCCCUCUGCCCCAACCUGGAGCACCUGGAUGUUUCAGGAUGCUCCAAAGUGACCUGCAUCAGCUUGACCCGGGAGGCCUCCAUUAAACUGUCCCCCUUGCAUGGCAAACAGAUUUCCAUCCGCUACUUGGACAUGACGGACUGCUUCGUGCUGGAGGACGAAGGCCUGCACACCAUUGCAGCGCACUGCACGCAGCUCACUCACCUCUACCUGCGCCGCUGCGUCCGCCUCACCGAUGAGGGUCUCCGCUACCUGGUGAUCUACUGUACAUCCAUCAAGGAGCUGAGCGUCAGUGACUGCCGCUUCGUCAGUGACUUUGGCCUUCGAGAGAUUGCCAAGCUGGAGUCCCGCCUGCGGUACCUCAGCAUCGCCCACUGUGGCCGCAUCACCGACGUGGGCAUCCGUUACGUGGCCAAGUAUUGCAGCAAGUUGCGCUACCUCAACGCGAGGGGCUGUGAGGGCAUCACGGACCAUGGUGUAGAGUACCUUGCGAAGAACUGCACAAAACUCAAAUCUCUGGACAUUGGCAAAUGCCCUUUGGUCUCUGACACAGGCCUGGAGUGCCUGGCCUUGAACUGCUUCAAUCUCAAGAGGCUGAGCCUCAAGUCCUGUGAGAGCAUCACGGGCCAGGGUCUGCAGAUCGUGGCUGCCAACUGCUUUGACCUACAGAUGCUGAAUGUCCAGGACUGUGAAGUUUCGGUGGAGGCCCUGCGGUUUGUAAAACGGCACUGCAAACGCUGUGUCAUCGAGCACACCAACCCUGCCUUCUUCUGAACCUGAACCAAGGGCUCCCACAGGGUUUGUUUUCACAGGAACGGGAACCAAACACAAUGUUCUGUAAAAGCAGCAUAUGUAAGCACUGCACCCACUCAUAGCAGCUAUUUCUUCCAGGAAGGUUCUUGGGAACUGGCUUUUAUUUUUCAUUUCUCAUGAGCAAAAGAGGUCAAGGAAAUGAAGGGGAGUAGGGGAGGAACCACUUUCUAUCUCAGUAAACUGGCCUGGCUCAGGUCAGUUGUAGGCAUUCCUCAACAGGUUGGCUCUGCCUUCAGAAAUGCACCUUAGUCCCCUCUUCCUCUUCCCCUCCUGUACCCAAAGCUCCACAUCCCUGUCCUGCAUCCCCCCAGCAGCAGCAACAUUCAGCAUCAGAGUAACAAGGCUCUCUAAAUAUCCUCUUUAAACUUCUUGAUGGUAAAAAGUCCCAUUCCUAAAUCCUACACCAAGCAAAUUGUGAUUAAAUUGAUGCCAUCACUCUGGGUGUGCAAAGAGCUUUCCAAGGCUUUAAAAGGCACAUUAUGGCAAGUCACACAGUAUAAGAAGAGAGCUCUCCACACCCAGUACCCCUCCCCAGCUCUGCCACUAACCAGCUGUGUGACUUUGGUCAAAGCAGUCCACCUCUUUGGGCUUCCUAGCACUAAAUCAAGAGGACAUCCAGCUGAAGGAUUAGCUUCAGGCCCACAGUAGAGUUGAAAGAGCAGAGAUGCCCUUAAAGACCCUUGGCAUAAAGCCUCGUAUUUCUUCCAAGAAAAUGGAUUCUGUAGAUGAGCUGUGAUUUCAGGUGGUUCUGCAGUGUCAUCAUCAGUGUACAAAGGGUCCUGUAUGUGUGUCCCAGCACAACUCUGUUUGUAUUGGUGGAAGAGGCUUUUGCACAUCCCCACAUUGCUGAAUGCUCUGAUUUCCAUGUAUACAUGCUUGCAACAUUCCCUCACCCCCACAGUAUCUUAUCCAAGCAGAAGAGACCCUCCUCAAAGGAAGCCUAGAUCUCCCUGUCAAUUUGCCUCCUCUGAGCACUUUCAAAUCCAAGGAAAGACGCUCACAAUUUUAAUUAACAAAUGGGGCCCAAGGGAACCCAUGUCCUUAUAGGUUUUCUAAUUCUUCUCAAUGCACAUAUGCAAAGCAUCAGGCACAUCUGUCCUGCAGCCAGCAGGGACAGACAUCUUGGAUCUUUGUCAUUCACAUCACAUUUUGACUUUUCUCAUCUAUUUAUUUCUUCAUCACACAAAGCCGAUUGGGGUUACGUUUGAAAGUGUUUAAUUGUGCAAACUGCUCCCUUGCCUCCUGCCCCAGCUGUCUAUCUGCAUGGUUUCCAUUAAAGAGCAUAAAGCAGACUUCCAGGUAUUUUGAUACUGUUCACUGGAAAGUGCUGGACACGUAGAAGAUAGAGUACACUGGUAAGACAGUGCUAGGUCCACCCGUCGAGACCUUACACAAAAUAUUAAAAUCAUUUCAAAUUUUGAAUUUUAAGUGGAUGGACUUUUAAAUAGUCUUUUCUGAAUGCACAUCAAUUUGCUACCCUCAUUUUUAAGACUCGGGUAGCCAGAAGAAAUCCUAUUGCUUAUUUUCAUGAAAUCUGAUUGCCUUUUUUUAGAAAACCCAUAACCUUUACCAAAUUAUUCUCUAGCCACUUUCCUUCUCCAUCACAGUGGAAACAGCUCACCCAUCUUCUUCUCUGAGGUCCAUUCUUCAAUCCCAAAACCUCUGCUUUUCCAGGCCAAGCAAGCUAAAUUUGUUGCAGACCAAGCUUAUACACCACUCGACAACUGCACUCCCACUGUAGGCUCCGGUGUGUACUAUUGUCUUAUGUUGGGAAGGAGAAGUUAGUGAUGAGCUGGCAUCUCUUCAGGAGGUGUCCUGUCAUUCAUCCUGUGAAUCAUAGCUUCCUGUUCAGUUCACACCAUCAUCAGUGCAGAUGGUUAAUCAAGACUAUGCCACGAGGGAAAAUAAAAGUUUUGGCUGGGGACAGUAUCUAGUGAUAGCCACAGAGUUUAGAAUCACAAAAGAAAUUCAUGAAAGCACUUCCCUGCUCCUUGAUUUGUGGCUCUACCUAACAUUUCAGAAUUUGAGGGUCACAAAGGAUUGUCUGUAACCAUUGACACUGGGGUGCUCCAAAAUGUCCUAGCUUAAUACUCCCAGCGAGUGGGGGGAUCCAAAAUAGUUCACUAAGCCAUUUGGAAUGACAUUAUCACCAACAACUGACUAUUUCACCUGAACUGUCUUUCAAGUGUGAGACCAGUGGACUGCUCGAACUCACUGGUUGCCCAGCACAUGGUCUUUCCCAGUCUCUCCCUUUCCCAGCCUCUUCAUCAGUUCUGCUCUGAAUGUGAAUCUGUGACAGAGGUUACUGGGAAACAGCUCAGCAGAUUUUUCAAGACUAAACAAAGACCUCGCUAGGAAAUUUAUCUGUUUUAAAAUAUGUCUUCCUUCCUGGCUGUGCUAAACUGAAUGCUCAUCUUUGUUGGUUUUUGUUUCUUUCUUUCUUUUUAAUUUUAAUGUUCAAAUCACUGCGUGCUGUAUGACUCUAGAAAGCCUUAAUUUACUUCCACCAAGAAAUAAAGCAAUAUGUUGAUAA